CCGACCCCUCGCCAGUGCCCACGCUGCAGGCAGGGCCGCCCGGCCGAGCUCCACGUAGACCGCGCAGGCGCCCUGGGCGCACCGUUCACCUGCUGCCGUCGUCGCCGCCGACGGGGCUGCAUGGGGGGCCGAGGGCAGCCGCGGGCACCCGGAAGAAGGAGACGCGGCGGCGGCGACGCCGACACCCGCAGGGCGAGUGCGCCGAUCCGCCCGCGAGCCCGGGGAGGAGGCGGCGGCGGCGAGGUCCGGCCCCCGCCGUCCCUGGUGUAGGGGAGAAGCCGAGGGCGCCGCGGCCGGCCCGGGACUUGCACGGGCUCUCGCCCCACUUGGGGUCUCGGACACGCAGAGGACCCCCCCACCCGCGCUGCGCCAUGUUCAAGAAACUGAAGCAGAAGAUCAGCGAGGAGCAGCAGCAGCUGCAGCAGGCGCUGGCUCCCACUCAGGCUCCCUCUGGUUCUUCAACACCAACAAGCACCAGGACCAGGACCUCCUCAUUUACAGAGCAGCUUGAUGAAGGCACACCCAAUAGAGAGAAUGCGUCUGCCUACGCCAGGAGCUCUUCUGACAGUGUUAAUGGAAGUGAGCCAACCAUUCAUCAGUCAGGUGACACGCAGUCUUUUGCACAGAAGCUCCAGCUCCGGGUGCCUUCCAUGGAGUCUCUGUUUCGAAGUCCAAUCAAGGAAUCUCUGUUCCGGUCUUCUUCCAAAGAGUCUUUGGUGCGAACCUCGUCCAGGGAGUCCUUGAAUCGGCUUGAGCUGGACAGCUCCCCUGCUGCCUUUGACCCGCCCUCUGACAUGGAGAGUGAGGCCGAGGACGCCCUUGGCGGUUCGGACAGUCUCAACAAAGAACAGUUGAUUCAGCGCUUACGAAGGAUGGAACGAAGCUUGAGCAGCUACAGAGGAAAGUAUUCGGAGGUACGGGCAGAGCCUUCUGUUCCCAGUAGACAGAGUGCUGAGCACAUCAGAGUUGGAUGCCACUCAUCCAAAGCCUUCGCUCCUGUCCUGUUCUCGCCUUCCUGUGACAUCACUUCUUUUAGCCGUGUGCUUAUUCAGCUAAACUGGACUGCCCAGGUCCUGUGCUCAGUUGGUACCGGUAGGUAG